AUGGUAAAUAAACCAUCAUCCUCAUCACCAUUUGUGAUGAAUCAACAAAUUUUAAGAGUUGGGUGCGGUGCAGGAUACCAAGGUGAUAGGGUGCCUCCAGCAGUAUCAUUGGUUGAAAAUGGCAAAUUGGAUUAUUUAAUUUUGGAGUGUUUAGCAGAAAGAACACUAACUGAUAGUAUCAGAAGAAUGAAAAAUAAUGGUAAGGGUUACGAUCCUCGAUUAAAAGAAUGGCUCACAUCAUUGUUACCACCUGCCAUCAAAAGAAACGUAACUAUCAUUACAAAUAUGGGUGCUGCCGAUCCAAAAGGUGCUGGCGAAGAGGCAAUCGAAAUUGCAAAGUCGUUGGGUUUAAAAGUUAAAAUAGUGGUUAUAAGUGAAGAUAUAAAUCAUAACACCAACUAUAGUACUACUCCACAAACAACUACAACAAUUUACCAAAUUAAUCCAAACCAAGUAAACAACACUAAAAUCAAAAUGUCAAGUACCAAUGGCUUUGCUGUUGAUGGUGGUUUAGAUUCUGACCAACAUUCAAGUUUGGAGGAAAAUUGGGAGGUUGGCUGUACUUAUUUAGGUGCUGAUGCUAUAAUCGAUGCUUUAAAAUUAAAUCCUGAUUUAGUUAUUGCAGGUAGAGUUGCUGAUCCAUCAUUAUUUGUAGCACCUAUUGCACAUACUUUUGGAUGGGAUUUAAAAAAAGAUUUUAAUCUUAUUGGACAAGCAACAUUAGCAGGCCAUCUUUUAGAGUGUGGUUGUCAUUUAACUGGUGGUUAUUUUGCUCAUCCCUUGGGUAGAGAUAUGAAGUUUGAUGAUUUGUUAAAUUUAUCAUUACCAUUUUGUGAUAUCGAUAGAUUUGGAAAUAUUGUAUUGGGCAAAGUAGAGGGCAGCGGUGGUGAAUUAUCCGAAAGAACUUGCAAACAACAAUUAACUUACGAAAUUCACAAUCCAAAAGAAUAUAUAACACCUGAUGCAAUUGUAGAUUUCAGCAAAGUCGAGUUUAUUUCAAUUUCAGAAAAUUCAGUUAUUGCAAAAGGUGCAUUGGGAAAUUCAAGACCAUCGACCCUACUAAGAUUGGUAGCAAGAAAUGCCGGUUUUAAAGCAUGGGCUGAAAUUAGUUAUGGUGGAUUGGGGUGUGUCGAAAGGGCUCAUUGGGCAUGUAAACUUAUAUAUCAUUGGAUGGAAGGUAGAAAGAAAGGUGUUAUGAAUGAUGUUUUUGUAUAUUUAGUUGGCUACAAUAGUUUAUAUUUCCCACAUGGUUCAAAUUUCUCACAAUUACCAAUCUCUAUUGAAAAAAUAAGUCAAGAAACAGAUCAACAAAUUAAAGAGUUACAACAUCAAUUACAAGUAAAUAAUCAAUAUCCACCUGAAGUUAGAUUAAGAUUCGAUGGUUUAUUUAAAAAUAAAGAAGAUGCCGAAGCUUUAGGUAUGGAGUUACAAGGUUUGGGCUUAUGUGGUCCAGCUGGUGGAGGUGGUUUUGCUUUUGGAAUUAAAAAAGAUGUUAGAUUAGUAAAGCAACUAAUUCCAAGAGAAAAAAUCAAUUGGAAUAUUUAUGUAUUUUCAAAUGAUAAUUUACUAUCAUUCAAUAAUAAUGAUCAUAAUUAUAAUCAUACUAGUAAUAUUGUUAAUAAUAGUAGUAUCAAUAACAAUAGUAAUAAACUUCAAGAUUUAUUUAAAAAUGAAUUUAUUACAAUUAAAAAUAAUAAUAUAAUAACUUUUAAUAAUAAUAAAAAAUAUCCAAAUAAUUUUAAUAAUUCAGUGUUAAUCAAAAAUUCAAGUAAUAAUAAUAAUAAUAAUAGUAGUAAUAAAGUUUUAUUAUAUAAUAUAUGUCAUUCAAGAAGCGGGGAUAAAGGAGAUACCACAAAUGUUAGUUUGAUUCCAUAUGAUCCAAAAGACUUCGAUCAAAUUAAAAAAGUGGUUACGAAAGAAUGGGUUUCAAGUAUUUACAAAAAUCUUUUAAAAGAAGGUGUCGAGCCCGAAAUUUCAAUUUAUUAUCUUCCAGGUAUCUCUUCUCUUAAUAUUGUCCUAAACAAUGCUUUAGAUGGUGGUGUUUGUGUCAGUAGAAGAUUGGAUCGUCAUGGUAAAACCUUAAGUGACCUUAUUUUAAAUCAAUGGGUUAAUUUAGAUUUACCAUCUUCAAAAUUAUAA